AGCAACUCAAACGCUUACCCUACACACUUUCAGGUUGAGAUUGCAAAGAGAAGAAAGAAAGUUAUGGAAGUUGUUCGCUCUCAGAAUCGCAGGAACUUCUUGUCAUCCUCGAACGACGCCGUUGUUGUUUCCACCCUUCCCCUCUAUCGCUCUGCUCCCACACUCGAAGUCAGGCUCGAGGAUUUCGAGUCCUUCGCCAUCGAUCGUCUUCGAGUUCUGAAGGGGAUUUCUGAUGGUUUGUCACGUGGAAAGAAACCGGAUGAAAUGGAAAAUUUGGUAAAUGACUUGUUGAAAGUGAAUAUGAGACAUCAACAUGCGUCUGAGGUUUUGAACAAGGAUAUUAUAUCUCAUUUUGUUCUACGUUUGGUGUAUUGCAGAACGGAGGACUUGAGGAAAUGGUUUCUUUCUAUGGAAUCUGCACUCUUUCGCUACCGUUUUCGUCUUCUGAAUGCUGAUGCUCAGAGGGCAGUCAUGGAUGAAUUUAACCUUCCUUAUAGGGCUGUUAGCAAUAUGGAAUAUGAGAGCAUAAAAGAUAAACUGGGACAAGUUGCUCGUUCUAUGGGUCAGCCUUUACCCACUGCUGAUGCUAUCUUCUACAAGGUACCAUUUGAAGAUGUUCCAGAGCUUGUUGCUGGACGAAAAGUGUUUAUAAAUCAAGGAUAUGCAUAUGUUGCAAUGAAUCAGAUUGUUUCACUUCUAGCCACACUAUUCCGCAGUCAGCUGUCAAAAACACUCAUCCUUACUAACAGAAAAUGGACAUCUUCAAUUAGAGAACAAGAGAAACAUAGGUUGACUCCUAUUGUGGAAGCCCUGUGCUCAAGUUAUCUGGGUCCUGAUUAUUCUCAGUCAAGAGAAUAUGCUGAUAUAUCAUUAAAGGACAUUGAUCAAGUUGCCAAGAGCUCAUUUCCUUUGUGCAUGCGUCACCUUUUUGAUAAGCUGAAAGAGGAUCAUCAUUUAAAGCAUGGAGGGAGGAUGCAACUAGGCCUCUUUCUCAAGGGUGUCGGCUUGAAUCUGGAUGAUGCACUUGCAUUUUGGAGGGCAGAGUUCUCUAAAAAGGUUGGUUUGGAGAAGUUUGAGAAGCAAUAUGCAUAUAACAUACGGCAUAAUUAUGGAAAGGAAGGGAAGAGAACUGAUUAUACCCCCUAUUCUUGUCAAAAGGUUAUUUCCUCAACUCCUGGUGCUGGGGAUCAGCAUGGUUGUCCCUAUCGGCAUUUCAGCGAAGAGAACCUAAGAGCUGCUCUCAGCAGAAUGGGGGUGAACAGUCGAUCAAUGGAAGAUGUGAUAGACAAAGUGAGAAAUAGACAUUAUCAGUUGGCUUGCACUUUGACAUUUGAAGCUCUUCAUGGCAUGCCGUGUGAUGCAGGGAUUAAUCAUCCAAAUCAAUACUUCAGUGACAGUCGAAAGAUUUUACAGUCAAAGAAGGAUUCUUCAGCCUAGAGAGAAUUUUUGUUAUUGCGGAGGACUGAUGUGCUGGGGACCUUUCAGGGCGGCAUACAUUUUCUUGAAGUCAAGUUAAAAGGCAUCAAGUGGCAUUUCCUUUUAUGUUAGUGGUUAAAUCUCUCUUCUAUACCAUUUAGGCAUGUCGUUGGUGCCU